GAAUCUGAUUGGUUGACUUUUUUUUUACUCGCGCCUGGCAAGACCAUGCUCUGUUGGAUCAUGCUUCAAACGUAUAAAUUUGGCAGUGGAAAUGGUGUCUACUUUCUUAUGAAUAAUCUGAUGCAACGGAAUCAGAGCAUGAAAGAGAUUCAAAAUUAGAUUUCGAAAAUACCUGCUUUUUGGUACAUUAGAGACAGAUCAAAAAGAUUAAUUAAUGUUAGAAAAGUUUCAAAAAUAGUAUACAAAUAUGGCAUCAAGAUUCAGCGGUGCCUUACAACUAACAAAUUUAGACGAUUUUAUCAAUCCUUCGCAGGAGUGUAUAAAACCAGUUCAAGUUCAGAAAGCUAAUACCAAUACAGGAUCAAAAAUAAAAAUUCAAGAAGAUGCUUACGUAGAGAUAAACGAGAAAGGUGAUCCUAAACAACUGCAAAAAGUAGAAAUUACUCUUGCUGAUUGCUUGGCCUGUAGUGGCUGCAUUACCUCUGCUGAAAGUGUCCUUGUGACUCAGCAAAGUCAAGAAGAAGUACUACGAAUAUUUCAAGAAAAUAAAAAUUAUCAAGAGCUAGGAGACAACAAUCUUGUAAAGCAUAUCGUAGUCAGUUUAUCAAUUCAACCAAUUCUUUCGCUAGCGGAACGUUAUGGAUUACAACCAGAAGAAACUGCUCAAAGAAUUGCUGGCUAUUUUACUCGACUGGGAGCAGACAUGGUUUUAGAUAUGACGGUGGCAGACGAUUUGGCACUUAUAGAAUCUGCUAAAGAGUUCGUUGAAAGAUAUAGAUCUUUUCAAGAAGAUGAUCAGAAUCAAUUACCGAUGUUAUCUUCUUCUUGUCCAGGUUGGGUUUGUUAUGCCGAAAAAACACACGGAAACUUCGUAUUGCCGUACGUCAGCGUAACGAAAUCUCCACAGCAAAUAAUGGGAUCAUUGGUUAAAUAUCACUAUGCGCAAACCAGAAAUCUUUCACCAGAAAGAGUGUAUCACAUAACUUUGAUGCCAUGCUACGACAAAAAACUCGAGGCAUCCAGGCCAGACUUUUAUAACGAGCUGAAAGAAACGAGGGAUGUCGACUGUGUCAUCACGUCAAUCGAGAUCGAGCAAAUGUUAAAUCAAGAAGGAAUUUCUUUACAAAACGUUACACGAAAUGAAAUUCAGAAACCUUUUGGAAACUACAAUCAGCUGGAAUGUAAUAUUUGGUCUCAUCAAGGUUCUGGUUCAGGUGGUUAUGCUGAUUACAUUUUUCGCUAUGCAGCCAAAAACCUGUUCCAAGAGCCCAAUGCCAAAUUAGAAUUGAAAAGUCUCAGAAAUCCCGAUUUUCAAGAAGCAGUUUUAGAAAAGAAUGGAAAAAUGGUAUUAAGAUUUGCGGUUGCCAAUGGGUUUAGGAACAUCCAGAAUUUGAUGCAAAAAUUGAAAAGAGGGAAGUGUUCUUAUCACUAUGUAGAAGUCAUGGCAUGUCCUUCUGGUUGCUUAAAUGGCGGAGCGCAAAUUAGACCACAGGACAAAUCCCAUCUGCGGGAAUUAGUUAUGAAGAUGGAAGAAGUCUACAGUAAAUUACCUCAAAGCAAUCCUGAAGAAAAUUUAGUCCUUAUUGAUUUGUACAAAACUUGGCUUGGAGGCGAUCACUCCGAAAAGGCAAACGCACUUUUUCAUACUAAGUACCACCAAAUAGAAAAGAUGAAUACUGCGCAUUCGAUUAAAUGGUAAUUUAUUGCUUAUUUGCGCCAUCAAUACGUAUUUUGUAAAUACUGAAUGAUGGUUGUUACUUAAAGAAAGAAAAAUGUAUUAAACGCAAGGUAAUAUAUAUUAAAGAAAUAUUUUGAAAAAUCAAUUUUUCGCAUCAUCAUAACAAACAUAUUUGACAUAUAACAGUGAAAUACGUACUUGAGUAAUCAGUUUGAAACAGUAAUAAUACUCUUUGUAUGACAGACACAGAAAAUUUGCAGUUCGUGUGUACUCAACAGCAGGAAUCAAAUAUUCGUUAAAAACGAUUCCAUCUAAUUUUAUUUAUCUUUAUCAGGGCUGAGCAGGUAAAAAGCUGUUUUUAUUUAUUACUUCUUAUUUGAAAUUGAAGUUAUUCGCAAACGAAACCACAGCAACUAGUUAUUCAUGUUUCUUUUCGUUUUUUUUUAAGUUGAUGAGGUUUAAGAAGAUUAAAAUAAUAGAAGACGACCGUGUGGAAAUACAUUAUAUAGUCUCUCGCAGCGCUACAUCAACGAUUAGUUGAUUUGUGCUAAACCCCAUGGCCCAUUCAUGUCACUUAAUUUAUCCUUCGCGGGUCUGCUUGUAAAUAACAGGGACUAGGAGCGAAGCGUUGCUCGCCCUUUUCUCUUCUUUAGCCAAGAGGAGAAGAUGUCAGGUCCGCGUCUUCUCUCCGUAUUGCUCGAGUAGAGUGACUUAACUUGCUGUCAUGAGUUUCGUUAUGGGGAGAAGAGAAAUGAUCUCGGUGAGUCUCCUAUCGGAAUGGUUGAGAAAUUUGUGGCCAGCUGUGGUGCUCGACUCUGCUUGCGCGAAGAAAAGGGAAAC